AUGAAGGCCACCUUCGUCACCCUCGUCGGUCUUUUGGCCACUUCGGUUGCUGCCACCCCAGUCCAGCCCAACCAUGUCGUCUCCCUCAUGAACAGGGGCGAAGGCAAGCAGGCCGGCGCCAAUAACACCGAAAAGGCGGACUCAGGCAACAAGGCCGGUGCAGCCGAUAAGGCCAACUCCGGUAAGGCCAACGCCGAAAAGGCCAACUCCGGCAAGGCCAACGCCGAAAAGGCCAACUCCGGCAAGGCAAACGCCGAAAAGGCCAACGCCGAAAAAGCCAACUCCGGCAAGGCCAGCGCCGAAAAAGCCAACGCCGACAAGGCCAACGCCGGCAAGGCCAGCGCUGGUAAUGGCACCGCCGGUGCUCUUGUCCUGCCCGAUGGCCGCAUCAAGAAAGAUGCAAAGCCCGAGGACUUUAACGUUCUUGCUAGCGUCUUCAAGAGCGCCGUUGUCAAGGGCGAUGGUCUGGUUUUCAGCGACGUCGUAUCCUUCCCGGACGUAAAAGCAUCUCUGUUUGACAAAGCUGGCGACACCAAGGCCUUCGCCAUCAACAUCGACGACAAGUCCGUUUUCGUACCCCAGGGCGGCGAGGCCCAGUCCAACAUCCGUCGUGCGGAUCUGCUGCCCAGCAUCCGCUCGCAGCUCAACGACGUGGCCGUGACGGGCGUGCGCACCCUGCACUUCUCCGUCCAGCGCGACGCCAACAAGCCCCUGAACGAUACCCACGACUACCAGCUCGUCAACCUCGAGUCCAAGGACUUUAGCUUCCACCAGUUCGACGUCCGCACCGGAGCCGACAACAAGAAGGACAUUGCCAUCUUUGGCAACUCCAAGGCCGCCACGCCCGAGAAGAUCUUUUCGACCCCGUUCGGCGAGAAUGCUUUUGAGAACUUUGCGCUGAAGCUGGAUUUCGAUGCCAACACCAUGCAAGUCUUCCACAGCACUGGCGACGAGCCCCUGAAGCAGGCCACCGAACCCGUCAAGAACGAUCUUGCUGGUCUCGGAGAGUACCACUUUUCCCUGGUCAAGAACCCCGUUGGAACUGCUGCUCAGCCUACCGGCAUCAGUGAGGCAAUCAUCUAUGGCGGCAUCUUCAUGGAGGAUUCCACCGGCGACAAGAUCUCGCUGCAGUAA